AUGGCUUACAUUACACACUGCAUCUUUGACAUGGAUGGCCUUUUGUUAGACACUGAACGUGUCUAUACUGAAGUUACGCAACAAAUUCUAGACAAGUAUGCAGACGGCGUCAAGUUUACUUGGGAAGUCAAGAGCCAACUCAUGGGCCGUUCUGGAAAUGAAUCAGCUACCAUGGUGGUCGAGACAUACAAACUGCCCAUGUCUGUCAAAGAGUACUUGGAAAUUACAGCCAUCAUUCAAGAAGACUUGUUCCCUCAUGCCAAGCUGCUUCCUGGCGUUGAAAAGCUGAUUCGUCAUUUACAUGCUCACGAUAUUCCUAUCGCAGUAGCUACUUCAUCGACUCGCGCCAAGUUUGAACUAAAGACAUCUUUAAAUAAGGAACUCUUUGAGUUGUUCGAUGUCAUUAUCUGUGGCGAUGAUGCUGAUAUCAAGAAUGCCAAACCCUCGCCUGACUUGUUCUUGGCUGCUCAAAAGCACUUUGGAAACCCUCCUGCCGAGAAUUGCCUAGUGUUUGAGGAUGCUGUCAACGGUGUUGAAGCAGCUUUGAAUGCCCAGAUGAAUGUGGUUUGGAUUCCUGAUGAGAAUAUCAAGGCUCUCACUGGGGACAAGGAUCAUGGUGCUACUUUGGUCAUUAGCUCCAUGGCUGAUUUCGUUCCUGAAGCCUUUUCGCUUCCAUCUUACAAAUAA